AUGUUCACUCUAUAUCGUUCCGUCGUUCGGUCUCUUCAGGCCUCGACCCCCUCCGCCGAUAUGACGGCGCACACAAGCACCCCGUCCAUAUCCCAAAAGCACAACCAAGCGGGCUACAGGAAGCCAACCGUCGAGGAUUUUGACGAGAAAGAAGAGGAGGUGCAUGUCGAACGUCGAACGGACGCUGGCACUUCUGACAAAUACGACCUGUCAGAAAAGGGAGACUACUUCGCUUCCGAGUUUGACUUGAGCCCACGCGGCUCGGACACCACGGGUCGAGAUUCGGAGCAGGAUGAGCCGGAGGAGGAGGAGAAGAAGAAGAACAGGGAAGACGAGAAGAGGCGGAUGAUGAAGGAGCAGGCCGAAGAAUUUUUGCGAGCUGCCCCCGAGGGAACAAGCGCGAGGGUGCGGGAACUGAUGGAGAAGCUGGCGAGGGGGGAGGAAGUUGAGGAUUCGGAGGAAGAUUUGAAGACAGAAUCCGAGGACGAGAAAUCCGAUGACGACAUGGACCAAUGGGAGGCAAAGACCAAGAUGGCGAAGGAGGUGAAGAGGAGACAUGAGGAGGAGUUGAUCAAGUAUUGGCUAGCAAAACUCACCAAGGAAGACUGGGAGUAUGCGGAGGAGGAAAUCGAGGACAUGAUCAGGAUAUAG